CCAAACACGGGUGUGAGCUCGGCUACCUUUGGUGUUGCUCAGGUGCUCGCCCUGGUUGGGCUGCCCAGAGCCUUUGUGCCAGAGGAGGUGGAGAGGAGGAGCCUGAUGCUGGAGGGAGGCUUGGUGACAACCUGCCUGUCAAAGAGUGAAAGAAGGAGAUUGCCCGACAAAAGAAAACAGCAGGGUUGGGUCCCCCGACAGGGAAGAGACAGGAUAGGACGGUUCAGAGGGAGAAGAGUAAACAAAAAUACUAGGCCUGGCCUUUUGAAACAUCAGCUGACAGUGGGAUUGUACGAAGGUAGCCACUGACAUGAAAUUGAACCGAUUUGGGUAGGAGUUGAGAGUGGCAUUUAGGGGUUCAUUUGAGUCGGGAUGGGAACGAGUGCCUUAGGUGGCCAGAUUAGGGCGGUAAAUGAUUAAAGUGCAGGGAAGGGAAUAACGAGAGAGCCCCGAGGGGUGCGGGUGAGUGAAGGAGCGGCUGAAAGAGCAGUCGGUCACUUGAGAGGGGAACCAAAUUAGCUGUGGAAGAGCUGAUAAGCAGUGAUAGAGGGCAUCCCAAAGCAAUGGGCAGUUCCAGAAAGCGUGAAGGUGAAAGGGGCCUGUAAGUUACUUCCUGGCCAAGUCUAGUUGCCAGUAGUUCCAGCAGCCAGAAACUAGGCUGCGGCAGAUCAAGAGCGGUUAGCGGGAGUGGGAGGGGAAUAUGGAAAGGUGGGGGGGUCAGAAGAGCAACUUAGCACCACAGUCGGCUUUGAAUCAGAAAAAACAAUGGGGAGGAAACCUAAGUCACGUAAGGAACUAGGGCAAAAAGUGGUUUCCCGCUGGGUCUGGGAUUCUACUGAGAUACUGGACUAUCCUUCCUUCCGAACAGCAACAGUAUGGCAAACGUGUAAACUACUGAGACUGGAGAUUAAUGCCCUUCAUCCCCUGCUCUGUGUAGUGCUGCUGCUGUUACCACUGUGAGGAACUUAAGAGCAGUGCAGAGCACACAACCUCCAGUAACAGCACUUGCUCCAUUGCAGAUAUGCACCUCUGAAAGACUGCACUCUGGUCAUUGCUUUAAGAUCAUCUUGGCUGAGUUAGAGCAACAGAGAUUGACUCCUCCCCUCCAGCAUUUUUACAGACAAGCACAGCCCAAGUCAUAAAAGUAACAAGCGACUUGUGGCCUUAGUGCCCAAUGACACUUCAUUCAACACCAGACGAGCCUACACCAGUGAAGAUGAAGCCUGGAAGUCGUAUUUGGAGAAUCCCCUAACAGCAGCUACCAAGGCUAUGAUGAGCAUAAAUGGUGAUGAGGACAGUGCUGCUGCUCUUGGCCUAUUGUAUGACUAUUAUAAAGUUCCCAGAGAUAAAAGGCUGUUGUCUGUUAACAAAGUGAGUGAUAAUCAAGAAGACCAAGAUAAAAGAAAUUGUCUUAAUACCACGGAAGCUCAGAAUAACUUAAGUGGGGGAGAGAACCGUGUGCAAGUCCUGAAGACAGUGCCAGUUAACCUUUCCUUGAACCAGGAUCCUUUGGAGUCAUCCAAAAGGGAAUACAACACAAAUGUGUCUGGGAGCUCAACACCCAUCACAGGGUCUGCAGUGACUGUGGUUAAAGCAGAAGAAUUCACUCCUGUUUUUAUGACCCCACAAACACACUAUGCAAGAGGAGAAAAUGAGGAGCACCGAGGUGUUAUCUUUGAACAAUAUGAAGUGUCCAACAUUGCUCCCCACACAAAUUAUCUUAAAGAUGAUCAGCGUAGUACUCCUGACAGCACCUACAGCGACACCUUCAAAGAUGGAGGAACAGAAAAGUAUCGGAGUGUGUCAGUGGGGGCUGAAGAAUAUAUUUAUGAACAAACAAGCAGCACUUUUCAGUAUACGCUAGAAGCUACCAAGUCUCUGCGUCAAAAGCAAGGGGAAGGACCCAUGACCUACUUGAACAAGGGACAGUUCUACGCCAUCACCCUGAGUGAGACCGGUGACAACAAAUGCUUCCGGCAUCCCAUCAGCAAAGUCAGGAGUGUGGUCAUGGUUGUUUUCAGUGAGGAUAAGAACAGAGAUGAGCAGCUGAAAUAUUGGAAGUACUGGCAUUCCCGGCAGCACACAGCUAAACAGAGAGUCCUUGACAUUGCUGAUUACAAGGAGAGUUUUAAUACCAUUGGGAAUAUUGAAGAAAUUGCAUUCAAUGCUGUGUCCUUUACUUGGGAUGUCAAUGAGGAGGCAAAGAUUUUCAUCACAGUGAAUUGCUUGAGCACAGACUUCUCCUCACAAAAAGGAGUAAAAGGGCUUCCUUUGAUGAUUCAGAUCGAUACUUACAGCUACAACAACCGCAGCAAUAAACCUAUCCACCGAGCCUACUGCCAGAUCAAGGUUUUUUGUGACAAGGGAGCAGAAAGGAAAAUCCGAGAUGAAGAGAGAAAGCAGAACAGGAAGAAAGGCAAAGGCCAGGCAUCCCAAGCCUCAUGUAAUAAUGCAGCUGAAGGGAAGUUGAGUGCACUCCCUCUGCAGAAAAAGAGUGAUAUCACCUUCUUCAAAACAAUGGCUGACCUGGAUUCCCAGCCCGUUCUCUUCAUACCGGAUGUUCACUUUGGAAACCUACAAAGAACUGGACAGGUUUACUAUAAUACAGAUGACGAGAGAGAAGGUAGCAGUGUCCUGGUCAAAAGGAUGUUCCGGCCUGUGGAGGAAGAGUUUGGUCCUUCCCCUUUGAAACAAAUCAAAGAAGAAGGUCUGAAAAGAGUGCUUUUAUAUGUGAGGAAGGAGACAGAUGAGGUGUUUGAUGCCUUGAUGCUGAAAUCACCCACAGUGAAGGGGCUAAUGGAAGCUAUCUCUGAGAAAUAUGGGCUGCCAGUUGAAAAGAUUGCAAAACUUUAUAAGAAGAGUAAAAAGGGCAUCCUGGUAAACAUGGAUGACAACAUUAUUGAGCACUACUCCAAUGAGGACACAUUCAUCCUGAACAUGGAGAACAUGGUUGAAGGCUUCAAGAUCACACUGACAGAGAUCUAGCCUCAGGCAGAGCCAUUUUGUAAGGAACCACAGCAUUUCAUCCUUCUUGGAAAGCAGAUUUCCCGUAAAGUUGACAGAUGUUGAUCAGAGAAACUGUUACAAGACUGCAUUGAAAAUACUGUCCAUUCUGCACCUGUGCACCCACUGCAGACAGACUUGGGUUUGUCAAACACAAGGCCAUUCACAGUAACCUGGUCCCUUAUUUAUUGUUCCUCACUCUCUAGUGUACAAGCAGUUACCAGCCCCCAGAUUUGUAACCAGAUGACCCACUGCAAAUGUGAAAUGCAGCAUUUUAAUCCAUACUUCAGUGUGGAUAAGCUCAUUCUAAAACACAUUCAGUAACUAUGCUGGGCUAAUUUCAGAAAUCUGGUAUAAAUCACUUUACCAGUAGUUGUCUCUGUCAUUGCUAAAAAUCUGUUGCAGUGCUAAAGAUGGGCAAAGUGGCUGACAGUUCACUUGCUCAGACUGUUCCAUAUCUCUCUAUACUGUAUAGUCUUGCCAAAUACCUCUGGUAGUUCUCAGCACGUAGCAAUGAGGACUUGUAAGUAAGGCAUUCAGCUACAAAUGUCACAAAUGUAAGUAAAUGGUAAAGAAACCAUUUUAACCUUGUAUAUAAUGUUUAUAAUAUGCAAUAAUAUAUUUUAACUACUGUAUGUGGGCAUGUUUACUGCCACUAUGUUUUUGUAUGUAUUUGGUUUAGGGUUUAAUAGAAUCUUUCCUAGAGGAUUAAAUUGCUGCAAUCUGUCAAAGAGUGUGAACUGAGAAGCUGAUAACUGAAUCUGUACUCAUAUGCUCCAUCCUUGCUCAAUUGUAUAUACUGAAAUAUUAGAGCAGACUCUGCUACUGGGUCUUGGAUGCUCUGGCACAAUGGGGCCCACCUUAGGUGUCCAAGUCCAGCUGUAGAUACCCGAGUCUCCCAUCCAGCUGUAACAAAAUCCAAGAGACACCAUGUGUCUGCUGCCUGGUUUGCCAAGAGGUACAGAAGGGAAUUCUUCCUGGUCAUCUUCCUUUGAUGAAGCAGAGGCUCCUAAAAGAAGGAGUCUUUUCUCAAACAUGUGGUGGGAAGAUUCUUCCUGCAGCAGCCUGUGCAUCAAAGCAUUCCUCUAGACUGCAAGAAACAGGACUUCAAACUCUUCCUUUUAAGUGUAUUUUGCUCCUGUAUUUCCAUUGAAUGAUUCUGUUGUGAUUCCUAGGACACUUGGAAGUGUCCAAGCCUGGGCUUGUUGUAAAUAUUUUAUCAAAACUGGAACAAUUUUUCCACUGGAGAUUGAAUAUCCCACAACUGAGGAGUGGAGAUUGGUCUCUCUCUCAAGGGCUGCAUCUGAACCCAAGUUGAACUACAUGGUUAUUCCAUCAAAUUCCACACCUGCCUUCAAAUUCUGUGAAGAGAUAAAGUUGUGCAGGCUAAAAUCAUACCAGGAAAGGGGUUCAAGGCCUGAAUGUCAGCACUAACAUACCCAGAAUUCACAUAAUGCCUGUAAAGUGCAGUGUGUAUUCUGUCUUUCUCCUGCCCUUUUCUUUUGUCAUGCGCUCUUUUCCCUUCUGAUACAGAGUUCUGUUGUAAUUUCCUUAACUUUAAAUAAUAAUGCACUCCAGCAAAGAUGCUCUUGCUAUGCGGCUCAAGAGCAAACAAUCUGGGAAUACAAGAGAUUUAUGAUGGUUCAGUUUGUUUCUAUUUGGCUCAGACUGAGAUAAAAAGUCCAUGCUGACUUAUCCCAGAUAUUUUUUUCUUAAAGAAAAAAAAGAGGACAGUUGGUACAGGAGGCAUUAGGAACUGGGACCAGCAGAUAGGAGCAAUACCAUUAGUUCUUGUAUUUCUCUGUUUGUGUUUGGAAUCCUCAGAAUAUAAUCUGGGAUCUCAGGUCAAGAUGUUUGGGCAGAAGCUGCGUGUAAAGCAAAGGAGUAAAUGUAUGCAGGAGUUGAGCUCUAGUUCUGCCCCCAACAAACCUGAUGUCCAAGGGAAUACUUGGGGCUGGCCUGGGUUGGAAUGUGCUGCAUUAAGGAAGGCCAGUGAGAAUUUAUGGAUCACAGAGAAGGACAGGCAGUCCUGGCAGCACCAGCACUCAGGUUAAUGGGAUGGUUUUGUCUUACAUUUGGGUUGAGAUGAGCUGAGAUCUGUUGGGUGCUGCAGCAUCCUGUGAUGAGGAGCAGUGUAGGAUCAGUGAGAAGUGCAAUGCUCCAGGAAUAAUGGGGCUUAAGGAGCUUUCCAUUGUCAGUUUAGGAGCUUUCAGUCAGCCACUGUCCAGAAAUGGAAAGUUGCUUUCAAGACUAACUGAAAGCUAUUCUAAAUAUAUCUUAAGGUGUGCAAAUUCCUGAUAGUAGAAAGUUAAUACUCCUGCCUUUAGUUCCUUCUUCCAGUCUCAAUGAAGUUAUCAGGAAGGUGCCUAGAUUGGUGGUAAGAUUAUUUUAAAACAACAGCUAGAGCUAGGUAAGGAUGAUCACACUUUACUUCAUCUGCCAGGGUUUGAGGACCUUGUUUCUCUGCUCCAGAUGCAGAAGCAUCACAAGCACUAAGACUGAAUAUCCAUGCUGCACCCCUUCAGUUGUAGUUACAGCAUCAGCUGCUGGAGGAGCCCUGAGCCUUGGAUGCUGGUGUGGCAAGCUGUGAGCUCUUGGGGUUCACUGUGUUGGUCCAAAUCAGCCCAUCAGAGUGGUGGGAAAGGGGCAGGAGUGGUGUGAGUAAUGCAAACUUCUGAAGCAGUGGCUGCCUUGUGCCCUGCUUGACUCAGACAUCCUGAGGAGUACACAGAGCUUACAUGUAUAUUGUUUAAAAUAUGCAUGUUGCUCUUGUUUGAUAAAAAUUAUUGAUUAAUGCUGGAUCUUCCAAAUAUUGUGAGUUAAAUGGAAGUAAGUUUGGCUACUGUUCAGCAGGGGACAGGAAUAUCUGCCUUGCCUCCUUUUGUCUCUUUGUGACACUGCUGUGGUUGUUUAAAGGAACAAAAUUCUCAUUUCCUUCUCUUCUUCAAGACAGCAAUCUUGAAUUUUAACUAGUGCAGCCUGAAGGGUGGCUUGCUGCUCAGUGCAUUUUCCCUAUGAAGAGUUGUAGCAGUGCAGUGUCUGUAGAUGUUAUGUUUUGAAAGACUCUAGAUAGAGAUGUACAAAAGGAGAACAGACUUCUAAUUUUGGUUCCUGCUGCAGAUUUGGCACUUUGUCCGUCCAUUUGACAUUAUAUCAUGAAAUCCCAUUCAAAUUCUCAAAUUAUAGUUCUUUCUUACAGUCAGGUGCUGAUAUUCCCAAAAUAAAGUGCAUCCCUUGAGUGAAGCUUUGUGGAUGUAAGAUGAUCACUCCAUCAAGACAUUUUGGAGGAUUUCUAACACUGAGUGUAAACUACAAAGAAAAGAAUGGGGUUUUUUUAUGUGUGUCCUCUCUCACAAAGUUUUUGGUCAAUGGAAUUCAGAGAUCAAAUGUCUUUCUUAUAUAUUUUUUCUUUUGUUCUAUGAAUUGUUUAAAUGUAAAUUAAUUCAAACAAUUAGUGAAAUCUAAACUCUCUAGCUGUCAGAGAUGCUGUAUAUUGAUUGAAGUGGAACUGGAAAGGAGUAUCUUAUGACUUAUAAAAUGUAAAGCUUAUUAAAUGUUUAUAUGCUCUUCCAUUUCCUAUUAAUUGAGACAAGAUACAAACAAGAAUGUUUGUGCCAAAGAUUGUGACAAGCCGUCUUUCUGGCAAACAAGAAAACUUAAUGUAUAAAUAGUGUGCUUUUAUAUUAAGAAUAUAGCUCAUGUAACUUAAUAGUGUUGCAACUGGGAGAGGGGUUUGAUAAGCUGUAAAUACAGUUAUUUUAUUUUUUGUACAUUUUUAAGAAGGAAAAAAAUAAAUAUUCCUAUGUAUGAGAUAAUA